AUGGCGUCUUGGAUUCAACGGCAACAAAACUCCCACCAGGCCCAGCUUGCCGCAACCGCGGUACUAUCCGGAGCUGCUGUUGCGGGUGCGAUUCUUGGUUUCCAGAAGUUUAGGAGACGGGAAGCUGUGAAGCAAUUGAAGGCUUCUAUACCAGAAAUUAACGAGCAGCAUCACGCAGAGGAAUUGAAUGAAUUCGGUGCCGCACCGCCCAACCCAUAUUGGAGCAAGGAGGAUGAGCGUGGUGCAGCUCUUGCGCUAAGAGCACAAGAGGGAGACUAUGACGAAGAGCUUAUUUUCGAGCAACUCGCCCGUAACCGCGUAUUCCUCAAGGAUGAGGGCCUUGCCAAACUCCGUUCUUCAUUCAUAAUUGUUGUUGGGUGUGGGGGUGUUGGAUCCCAUGCUGUGGCUUCGCUAGCUCGGUCAGGCGUAUCCAAGAUACGGUUGAUCGAUUUCGAUCAAGUUACACUCUCAUCUCUGAACCGACAUGCGCUCGCCACGUUGGCGGACGUGGGAACUUCGAAGGUGCACUGUAUUCGCAAGAGACUGGAGCAAGUUGUCCCGUGGGUUAAGUUUGAUUGCCGGAAUGAGCUCUUUGGCGGAUCUGGUGCCGAUAAUUUGUUGGCUCCGUGGUCCUUGGACGAUGCCGACAAAGGCCAGAAGCCUGUCUACGUGCUCGACUGCAUCGAUAAUAUACAAUCCAAGGUUGAGCUACUACACUAUUGCCACUCGCACUCGAUUCCCGUUAUCUCUUCAAUGGGCGCCGGAUGCAAAUCAGACCCUACGCGCGUCAUGAUUACGGAUAUCUCAGUCAGCUCAGACGACCGACUCUCACGCAGUACUCGGAGACGGCUCAAGCUCCUGGGCGUGACCUCUGGGAUUCCGGUGAUAUUUUCGACAGAAAAACCCGGGCCCGGCAAAGCAACUCUAUUGCCCUUAGCCGAGGAAGAGUUCACCAAGGGCCAGGUAGAUGAACUAUCAGUACUACCAGAUUUCCGUUCCAGAAUUCUCCCUGUGCUUGGAACUAUGCCUGCCGUGUUCGGAUACACCGUUGCCAACCAUGUCAUUUGUGACGUCUCAGGAUAUCCGACAGAUUACAGCAUGGGUGGAAAGGGCAAAGAUAAGCUUUAUGACACCAUCCACGCUGCGUUACUUGUAACUCUCGAGCGUCUUGCUAGAGCGGAGAUCGGAACCCAACCUAUCGGGCUUCGCCUGCCGUUGAGUAAGGAGGAUGUUAUAUACCUUGUCGAUGAGAUCUGGCGAGGCAAGAGUGUCGUGACUGGUCUUCCAAGUCGGCUGCAGCUCACUCUAUGGAACCGUCCACCCCAGGGAUUCAAACCCGAUCCCGAAUGGGAGAAGCAAGGACAAAUUGUUGUUCCUUUCAAGCUGGAAGACUUAGUGUUGAUGACCAAGGAGGAGGCCACCCGCCAUGAAAAAGAAGUCCUUCUAGGUGGAAAGAAGGUGGAAGAGCUCUACAGCGAGGAUGUUCUCCAGAAGGUGAACCAACGCAGAAGGGAGAUGGAAUAUUACGAACAAUUUAGAUGA